CUGAGCUGAAGUGCUCAGCGGUCUAGCAUGUCUUUGAGAGCAAAACAAAGCGGCCGCGAACACCUGCGUUGUCAAAACAAGUCCGCGGCUGUUCUGGUCUAGCUAUGUGUGCGGAAGGAACUCCCGAAAGUGCGCUCGCGACGUGAGGAGAUGUAAUGGACGCAGGGGACAGAGAGCGAAGACGGCUGACGAGAGCCCGCGAGAGGUCGAGCUCCCGCACCGGGUCGGGCAGUACCGUGCUGCGCGCGCUAAGCGUCGGGAACGUGGACGACAAUGACACGAUGGAGGACGAGCGCCUCAAAAACGACCUUCUGGAGCGGAAGGUCGUGGCGCCGCGGUACAGCCUGGUCCGGGAGAUCGGCAGAGGCAGUUACGGGGUGGUGUACGAGGCCAUAGCGCGGAGGUCUGGCGCUCUGGUGGCCGUGAAGAAGCUGCGCUGCGACGCCCCCGAGAACGUGGAGCUGGCGCUGGCUGAAUUCUGGGCCCUCGCGAGCCUCGAGAAACGGCACGAGAACGUGGUCCACCUGGAGGAGUGCGUGCUGCAGCGGAGCGGCAUGGCGCAGAAAAUGAGUCACGGCAACAAGCGCUCCAGGCAGUACUUACGCCUGGUGGAGACUUCCCUAAAAGGUGAGCGGGUGCUGUCCAGUCCCCAGGAGCCGUGCUACUUGUGGUUUGUGAUGGAGUUCUGCGAGGGAGGAGACCUGAAUCAGUUCAUCUUGUCCCGUCGGCCCGACCCGCACACCAAUGCCAGCUUCAUGCUGCAGCUAAGCAGUGCUGUGGCCUUCCUGCACCAGAACAACAUUGUGCACAGGGACCUCAAACCAGACAAUAUUCUGAUUUCUGAACGCUCGGGCACACCCGUGCUAAAGGUGGCUGACUUUGGCCUGAGCAAAGUAUGUGCAGGCCUGGGGAUGGGGUCAGGCUGUCGUGCUUCUGAUGAGACAGAGGACAACAAGAACAAAAAUAACAUCAACAAGUUUUGGCUGUCAUCAGCAUGUGGUUCAGACUUCUACAUGGCCCCUGAGGUGUGGGAAGGCCACUACACAGCCAAGGCUGAUAUUUUUGCCCUGGGAAUCAUAAUCUGGGCCAUGAUUGAACGGAUCACAUUCAUAGACGCAGAGUCAAAGCGGGAGCUGCUGGGCACGUAUGUGCGGCAGGGUGCAGACAUCGUGCCAGUGGGAGAGGCUCUGCUGGAGAACCCAAAGAUGGUGCUGAGCAUUCCUCAGCGCCGCCGCUCGCAAAUGUCUGAUGCGCUCCGGAAACUUCUGCAGGACAUGCUGGCCGUUAACCCUCAGGAUCGGCCCGACGCGCUGGAGCUGCAUAGCAGGAUGGGGCAGGUCACCUGUGCUGCCUGAACCCAGACUCCUCCCGCGUGCUCACCCAGGUUGUUCCUUACGGGACCCCACAUUUCUGCACAGGUGAAGGGACAGCUGCUGUGGAAUACUGUGAAGAUUCCGUUGCAAAUCUAAUGUGAAGAAAAGGAAGCCUCCAUGCAGUGACCUAUUAGGAUGCAAAAAACUGAAAUGUUUUUUUUUUGUUGUUGUUUUGUUUUUUGUUUUACAUUUUUGAGUGUUUCCAUUCAAUCUUGUUUACAAUGUAUUGUAUGUUUGUAGUUGCCUGAGGUUGAUUAAGUCUCUGUUUGCGAGCGGUUGUUUUCUGAGCUGGAGGUGCUUUUAAGUUUAUGUACUUUACAAAGGUUAAUUGAUUCUGCGUUUUGUUUUUUUCCCUCCCUAAAAGACAAGGAUUCAGACAUGCACACACACAUUCUACAAUUCUCCAAAUUGGAACACUAAGUGCAUUCUGCUAAGUUCAAAUUGUUACCAAACAUGCUAAGAUAUUAAACCACUACUGAAGAAACUGUACAAUGGUUCGUACCAUAAGACAUUACAGUAGAAGAUUUCUAACGGCCUGAACCCUGCUUCUUGUACUAUGGGGUAUAAUUUAUGAACAAUCCUAAACUAGAACAUGUUCUCAUUUUAGUGCCCUCAGACAUGGGAAAAGUGUGAGAUUUUUUUAAUAUUAUUGUAAUUUUUUAUUUUUUUAGUUGUGAGAUUUAUUUAUCCCCUUUUUUCAUGUCUCGUUUCAUGCAGUCUCUGUGCCUUGAAUUGCAAAAUGUGUGGAGGUGGAAAUUAACACUUUAUUUUCAGCAUGUGCAGUAUAGUCUCCAUACCUUUUACGUACUUACCUUUUACCCUCGAAUGCUAACCAAAUGCAGUUAAAACCAGUGGGUGCCAGUUGUACACAGAGAUUAACCCCCACUAAAAAUAUCACUAGUGCUCUGCUAAAGAGCCCCAAAAACACUCCCAUACAGACAUAUGCAGUUGCUCAACCUACUGUUCAGCAGAAAUAGGGAUUUUGUUUUUGAUAAUCAACAGAAAGCAAUGGUGUAUUUCUGAUGUUUUAGAGAACAAGUAUGAGUGCUGUUUUUUUUCCCCCACUUGUUUUUAAGGAUCAUAGUCAAUCAGUGAUAUGUUUUGUAGUUUCUAUUUUAAAAGGGUUGAUUGCCUUUUUUAUUGGUUGAUUGUAACAACCCAACACUACCUUUUAAUAUAGUUAAUUUCUUAGUUGAAGUGAAACUGCUUGUGUUCCUGGAACAGAGUAAGAGUAUUUCAUCUCACCUUUCACUAGAUCUGCCAUGGCAGUGAUACUGUCACAUAAGCCAAACAUACAAACAGGUCCACUUAUGAUUUGAUGGGUUGAUCUGAACUCUGAAUGAGAAAAAAGGUGUGUGUGGGAGUGAGUGACUGUAAGAGAGUGUGUGCCAGCAUGCUUGUGUGUGCUGUAGUUCUACCUCUUGUGUGUUUAGAAACUAAUCCACUAAAUGAACAGGCUUGCUGGUUUUUGGUGAGACAUAGUGGUAGCUGGUGUGUUUUCUGGACACGUUUUUAAUUCCAUUUAACUAUUCCCUUUUUGUUCAAGACUUUGGACGAGAAAGAUGCCAGUUGAGACUUCGCAUCUAACCAGUAUUUUAGUUUUUCCUUGUUAUUUAUCUUUUCUUGUAGGUUGUUAUCCGCUGCUGCUGCUGAUACUUGAGACUUUUCAUCAUGUUUGAUGCAGAAUUCUGAGAGAUUUUUUUGUUUUGAUUGUGGUUUGGUUUUUGUUUGGAGCAUUGGUACCAAAUCUUUAUCCCUUUGCCUAGCUCAGUGUUUCUCAAAUCCAGUUCAGUGCGUAGUCUACAUAGGUUCAGAUUUACUUCUCCUCAAGCACGCCUGACUUGACUUAUCAACUAGUGGAUGAACCUUUCAAGGGUUUAGAACAUGGAAGCAGAGAUGUUUGGUUUGAGAAACACUGACUUUGGUCCUCUCUUACUGGGGAGAGUCACAGAGGGUCAUUGUACGUUUCUGUACUGUUCAGCUAUUUUUUUUCUGUACUUCUUAGCAUGUUUGCUGUCAUUGUUUUUCAUUUUCCUUUAUUUUACACCUAAUGCCACUGUACCUCAUGGUUCACUACCUUUUUCUCAGUGGCAUUUUGAAUGACUAUUUCUGAUGGUUAAGUGCAGACCAGAAUUCGCAGUUGAUCAUCAAGGAGGCCACAAUGGGUACAGGCACUGAUCAGGCUGUUUUUGGGAGCAACAGAGGAUGAAAUGGCCAGUCUAGGACCUUCAUUUUCAAAACUAUGACUCAAAGGAAUUACUAAAUGGACUAUACCAUUUUACUCAGCUCAGCUGCCUGUAAUCCAGAGUAUGAGUGUAUUACAGGGAGGAGAGACUUGAUGCUGCUUCCUAAAAUUGCUGUGGUCCAACAUUUUCACUCCAUAUCGCAUCCACGACUAUGCAAGCUCUCCACCUUCAGUGAGAAACACUGUGAUGUUGCCCUGCUAAGCUCAUUUCCUCAGUCCACCUCUUCUCUUUUCCCUGCUCUGUCACGCUUUGUGUGUUUGGGGAACAUCUUGUGCUCUUAAUGGUUGAGCAUUGUUUUUUAGCUGAUUUUACAUAAUUCUAAAACAUGUAGGGGAACAUCUGUAAAUUAUUAACGUUAUUCCUUUGUGCUUGUGACACUUUUUCCUGUCAAUAAACUGUAUCAAUUCAAAACAAACAUCUUUAGCCCUUUUAUUGUCUGUUGGGACAGUAUGAACUGUGAAAGAACUUUGUUU